UGGCAUGUCUCAGCCGCGCGUCCCUUGCAAAAAGAAUUCCUGUACAGAAAACCGGGCUGAUUGUGGCAAAAACAUUUAAUAAAGCUAUAAAAUCAAUUUAAAAAACUUGAAUAAUGGUGAAUAAUUGUGUGCAGUUACAAUAGUUAUAGUAUUUUACUACGCAACUAGUGUUUCGUUAGAGCUUGGGUAUAUUUUCGCUGGCGGCUUCCUUUUUUCUACAUCAAGCGAAAGUUGCAGCCGCCGCCAACGCUCACACCGCCCACAAUCUUAAUUUUUUCUCAACUGCAUUGUACAAUUGUUGCGAUAUAACGCCAAUGUAUAAUGUCGCUGGAUGGCGCGCACUUGAAUUUUGUAAAUGCCUCUGGCGUAUCGGAGGAACAUGCAGCCAAGGGACGUGAAUUCAUAGUGGGUUCCAAAUUAAGCUGUGAUUUGGUGGUGCCCGAAGCCGAACGCGUUCACUGUGAAAUAAAAUGCGAUGCAUUUGGCAGGGUAACCAUUUACAAUCUAUCCGACAAUAAGCCCAUACUGCUGAACGACCAGGUUGUGCAUUCCAAGCGUCCACUGCUCCACGGUGCACGCAUUAAAAUUCUGAAUGAAGUAUACACCUGGCAAUUUCCUAAAUCCGAUGAGCUAGGAACACCUGAUCGAAUACCACCCGAGCAAGCGGCAAACUCAUCUCCAUCCUUAAAAGUACACCGACAACGUCGUCAAUUUGACAAUCGCCUCACUGUGCACAACUUUCGGUAUUCGAUCAAUUCGGACGAUGAGGGUAAUACAUCUAUUGAAUCCAGGGAACUGGAUACCUCUACAAGCAGCAACACUGCUGAGACGUCUGCUACAGCAGAGCCAGAUCGGAGUAUUACGCCACCCUGCAAAGAUGCUGACGAGACAAUGCCCAAAGUAGAUCUGCUGGAAGCGACACAGAAUAAGGAAAACACCAGCACUCUGGGCAAUAAGUUGAUGUUGCAGCUGUGUGCCCGUUCUGACGUUGUAAUCACCUCAUUUUCACCGCGUGAAACAGGUGUUAAAAUUGAAAAGUCCUUUACGUGUGUAAUGAAGCCAACCACGGGCAUGGGUAUGUCAUCAACGGCGACGACACCGAAGAGCGUCUAUAACACACCCAAGAGCGUGCUCUCUGAGCUGAACGAUGAAAGCUGCAGUCGUGAUCUGAUGGAUUUCAGCACGCCGUCCACAUCCCAAAAGUCUUUAGCUGGCAAACGACCAACUUCCAUGUAUUUAGUUGAUCUGACAACACCACAGAGGCUACGACCCCAACUAAGCGUUACUCCAAAACAAACUCCAGGCAGUGCUGGGAUCAUAAGCGCCAACUCCACAGCUGGAUCAUCUGAUGCAUCUGUCAUUGUUAUAGACAUAACCAAUUCGUCAACGCCAUCAACAACGCCAGCUAAAAAACAACAACGUACGAUUUUAAACACGCCCAAGGAUCAGCUGCUGGCGGAAGGUUCAACGCCCAAGCGUACGCCGCAGUCCCUGAUGAAAAGAGCACUUCUGACCAGCGCCAAGAAGCAAAUAUCAGCAAACACCCGAACUCCGACCACGCCUCUGGAAUCGACCAAUCGACAGUCGCUCCUCGAUGCACGACGCCAAUGCCUAACAGCCCCGCGUCGGCUGCCUUUCCAUCCCCAUCCACAGUGGCGUACGCCAGGGCGACGACAAGCACCAGCUAUCGCUGUCACAGCACCUCAGACAUCUCCACGUAAACGCCAAUCGGUGUCAUUGAGCAGUCCGCGGGAUAAUAAAAUUUCUAAGAUGCGCAAAACGCUGGCAGCGAAUGCAAAGAUCAGUCCAAAUGUUGGCAUGAGCAACAAGUUGGUGGCCAAAGCACGUCGUGCUCUUAACUCGCCCAAACAAGAAUCACCCAAAGCAUGUCGGACACCUUACUCACCUAAACAUGAGACACCCAAUCGGAUUGGAUCACCGAAAGAAUCUUCAACACCAGAUAGAGCAGAUUUGUCUAAAGCUGAGCUGAGUCUAACGUUUACCAUUGAUGAUGAGCAAAGUGCGACAGGUCCAGCAUUGGAGGCAUUGAUAAACGAGGAAGACGAAGCAAAUGCGAGUGAAAAACCGUUCCUAGAAAGUGUGAAUGCAAUAGAAUCGAAACUAAAUGAAAGCAGCGCAAAGGAUUCUACUAAAGCAAGUCCUAAGGAUGUCGAAACAUGCGAGGAAAGCAGCAAGGAUGUUGGUAAUUCAAAUGAAGAAUGCGAUGAGGAUACUUUAAACAAAACUUAUGAUUUAAAUGUGUCUUCAACAAAGUCGAACUUGGAAUCGUCAACAGCAGACGUUGAACAAUUGUUAAAUUCUAAGGUUGCCGAUGAGUCCCUAGAUAUCGACACGAAUACUGCAGCUGAUGAAGAGAAUAGUUCGAGCAAUGACAAAUCAUCGAUUCAGCUAGAAAAAUCCGAUCAAAACUUGGCAACAGUUGACAUUAUUGAUGAUAGUAUCUGCGAGGAGGUACCCACAACCUCGACACAUCAGCAAGAUAUGGCCACUAUAACAGAUGUACACCUAGCUGAGGAUACCAUUUGCGAAGAGGUUCCAGCAAAUAAAGAAGACACAUCAAUUCCUAAUGCUAAUGCUGAUUGUGAAGAUCAGGAUGAGGAGGAGGCUGUGGCACCACCGGGUGAAACCCCCAUACCAAGACGAUCCUCACGACGUAUUUCGAUUACACAAGAUGCAGUCAGUUUGACGCCAAGACGCAGCGUACGGCGUGCAUCUAUUGAUGCGAAGAAUAAGCUGGAGCAAUGCAUAAAGCCAACUCGCCGGGCAUCCUGCUCCGCUGUUGUAGAAAGCCAACCUAAUACCGCAGUUCUCGCGACGCCCAAGCGUAAACGACGCCUUACGGAGGAGUUGUCAACACCGACGCGUAAGUCACAACGUUUGUUGUGCAAUACUCCAAAGAGAGCAUUGCAAGUGGAUGAAUCAGUUGGUGACAUGGGCGUCAUCAUUGAGGAGGAUGCUCUGAGCGCUGACAAAUUCUUAACGGUGACAGAUGAGGAUUACGGCGCCGAAUUACCAAUUAAGGAUACCGACGAGCCUGACAAAAUCGACUAUCAAGGCAUGCGAGAGUUGCUGAAAACUCCAAAGAGUUGUAGCACGCCACAUUUCAAAGGUCUGCGCGAAAUGGUUCGCACACCCAAGGUUCAUCCGUCGCCUAUGCUGGGCAACAUUGAGGAGCUGCUGGAGACACCGUCAAGUGAUGCAUCAACACCCAAGCGAUCUGUAACCGUGAGCCGUGUUACAUUGGAACUGUCUAAAUCUGAUGUCACCACCGAUGCUCAAGACUUGUACUUCAAGACGCCUCGCGGUAAAAAUCUAAUGGUUCCAAAUGACCCAGCCAGCGCAGUGUUAAAGUCGAUGGAUAAAUCGCUGGCAACAACCACGGAAUAUGACCUAAAUGCUACCAAUGCCACGCUGCCUUUGGACAAAAUAUUUGAUGAUGUACUUGCUGCGGAGGCGACGGAUCCAGCAAUCACUGUCGAAGAUUCAGAAAACGAGAUCAAUGUGACUGCAAUUAGUACGGCAGCUGUUUCUGAGCUCGAUCCCUUGUCCACAUCUGCUACACAACCUACAGAAACCAGUGACACAGUUCGAUCCGAGGUGCUUAUGAACAUGUGCUAUGCUGACACUUCCCAUAAAGAUCCCUUGACGAGCACUGCAUUCAAAAAGGGAAGUGAGUUGGAUCUACAUCGAGAUGCACUAAACGAUGAGAGUUAUGCAGAGGGACCCAAAUCUCCGGGCUUAUGCGACGUAAGCGGCAUUCAAAUGCUGGAUCGAACUACAGAUUCCAUGUUCUCGGAACCAUUGGUUGUCACUGGCGUGGACUCUUGUGAUGUGACAUUGGAGGAAACAAAGCCAACAGGAAUGGUUAAUAAAACAAGCAAAAACGACGUACUGGAGGAAGGUUCAGAUACUGAUUCCAUGGUUGGUUUAUCGGAACCCUUAAUUCUUAGCGACGAUGAGGCUGAUGUGGAAGAAGUGGAAUUGGACAGUCAAGAACCGAUUAAGAAAUCCAAUUCAAACGACUCCAGCAUUUCAGAAUAUAAAAACAAAGAAGAAGACAAAAAUCGAGAAGAUGCCGCUCAAACGUCGUCUGUUAUCGAAAGUGACUUAAAUGAAGAGGAAACGAUUGAUCUUACAGAAGAUAAAAAUAAUCUGGAAUCUACUCUUAAUACAGAAGCAAUAGCUGAUAACACAUCAUGUAGUGAAAUAGAAUCACAGCUUGAAAGUGAAAUUGCUAUUGACCUGGGAUCUUCUUGUUCAGAAUCUUCAGCACAGACAGAAGUAACAAGAACAUCAAUGAUUUACGGAGCUGAUUCAAGUCAAACAAAUGUAUUAUCUGAAACUGAAACAAGACCCACCGAUGAGUCAUUAAUCAGAGUUUCAAGUAAUAUUCUAGACAAAGAUACAACUGAAGGCGACUCCGUAAUUGAAUUAGAUGCUUCAAAUACAGAUACGAUAUGCCUUGAUGACGAGAGUGUUACAAAUAAAUCAACAGCUUCGGUUAUUGCAGACGACAAAAACGAAGAUAAAGAAAUAACAGUAGCUACCGAAGAAUUGCCGGAUCAAGUCAAUGCGAUUCAAUCAGAAGAGGAAGAGGUGCAAGAUGCAACAAGUGUUGAAAUGUCUGCUAAACAAUCAACAGAACAUUUUCAAGCUACAAACAAGGAUGAAGAUCAACUUGAAGUGCCAGGACCAAAACAUGAUGAGACGGACAUUGAAAUAAAUACUGCGAAUGAUGUUCACGCUACAAAGUUAUUAUUGAAUGACACGAAACAAGAUAAUGAAAAGUCGGAUAAAAUUCAAAUAGAUGAGAAAGUUUUAUCAAAAGAUGAUGUGGCUGAAGAUAUUCAUGUUGCAGAAAAUACGGAAACUCAAGUUGUCACAACAAAUACUGAGGAGUCAGAGAUAGACAUGCAGUCUUCAGAUGUAGCCGAAACUAAAGCAGAAGAUACUUCACCAGAAAUACCAGUGGAAAAUGAAUCGUUAAUUGAUGGCAACACUUCAGUGCAGGAAAACGUUGCGAUUUCCGCUGAUUUAACAUCAAUUCAAAACGAAUCUGUGCAGAGUAUCAAAUCAAUGGACGAAGGCCUAGAAAUAAAAGCCGAGUCUGAAACGAAGACAUCAGAAAAUGGAGAAGCAACAAUUGAGAAAUCCCAGGUCGUAGAUGAAACGGAAAAUGUAUCUGAAGUUGCGGUUAACUCUGAAGCGUCUAAGGAAGCCAAUGAUCUUUUACCGGAAGUUGUACCAAUACCUUCUGAAGAAUUGUCUUCAGAGAAUAAAAAGGCUACAGCCGAUGUUGAAGUUUCUAGCGAGUCAUUGAUUGAAUCGAAUGUUGAAGCUGAGAUGGCCGAGGAACAAGUUGCAAGUCAGACUGAGAUUGAAAUUAACACUCAAGUCGAUCGGGAAACCACGAACUCUGACGAGCCGUUUGUUGAAAUUAAUGCAUCAGUUGUAGCUGGAACUCAAGACGAACAGGAACAACCCGAUAAACAACUUUAUCAAAAUUUAUCAACUUCUUCUGAAAAACAGUCAAUCGAGCCUGAUGAUGAAAUCAAAUCUGCUAAUCUAGAGGCCACAAAUAUAGAUGAUUCAUUGGUUGAACUGAAUGCAGAUAACACAGAAAAUAGACUUGAAACAGCUGCUCAAACUUUGCCAACAUCUCCUGAUGUCCCGUCAAAUCAAGAUAAGAUUGAAGAUGAAACGGAAGACGAUUUGGGAUCUGCGAAUGCUGAUAAGUCUUCGAUAGAAAUGGAGGCAUCAGUUGUAGCUGAAUCUAAAAAUGAUGAAGAACAACUUGACAUACCAGCUGCUCAAACUUUAUCAAAAUCUGCUGAAGUCCCGUCAAUUAAAGAUUUGAUUGAAGAUGAAACUGAAGCCGAUUUAGGACUUACAAAUGCGGAUGAGUCUUUGGUUGAAAUAGAAACCUCAACGGUAGCUGAACAUGAAGAGAAACAUCACGAUGAAGAAGCUGCUGAAACUUUAUCAACUACGUCUGAAUUUCCGUCAAAUCAAGACAAGAUUGAAGAUAAAACUGAAGCGGAUUCGGAAUCUACAAGUGCUGAUGAGUCUUUGGUGAAAAUGAAUGCACCACCUGCAUUUGAAACAGAGAAAGAGGAGGCUCGUCUUGAUGAAGCUGCUGAAACCUUAUCAACAUCUGAUGUCACAUCAAAUCUAAAUAAUAUUGAAAAUGAAACUGAAGCCGAUUUGGCAUCCACGAAUGCUGAUGAGUCUUUGGUUGAAAUGAAAGCAACAGUUGUAGCUGCAUCUAAAAAUGAUGAGGAGCAUCUUGAUAAACCCGCUGCUGAAACCUUAUCAACAUCUGCUGUAGUCACAUCAAAUCAACAAAAUAUGGAACAUAAAACUCAAACAGAUGUGGAGUCCAAGCUAGGAGCAACCGAUAAGACAGAGGAACAAGCUGCCGAUAUUUUAUCAACGUCUGCUCAACCAGAAAUCGACGACAAGACUUUAGAUGAGGGUGUAAUUGACCUGGAUGCUGAAACUGACAAGGAAGAUAAAAAACUAGAGGAAGCAGCUGCUGAAACUUUAUCAAGUCAGGACAAAAUGGAAGCUAAGGUGGAAUCCAAGCUACAGACAACAAGUGUAUCAAAUACAGAGAAGACAGAGGAACAAGCUACCGACAUUUUAUCAACACCGGCUGAAGAAUGUUUAGUUGAGGCUUCAGCUCAACCCGUUAUCGACUACAAGACUUUAGAUGAUGGAGUAAUUAAUCUAGAUACAGAAAGUGAUAAAGAAGGGGAACAACUUGAGGAAGCAGCUGCUGAAACAUUAUCAACAUUUACUGAAGUCCCGUCAAGUCAGGAUGAAAUGGAAGCUGAGGUGGAAUCCAAGCUACAGAUAAUAGAUGUGCCAAAAACAGAGAAUACAGAGGAACAAACCGCCGACAUUCUAUCAACAUCUGCCGAAAAAUGCUCAGUUAAGGCUUCAACUCAACCAGAUAUCGACUCCAAGACUUUAGACGAGUCUGUUAUUGAUCUAGUCGCAGAAACUGUUAAGGAAGAAGAACAACUCGAUGAACGUCUUUCCGAAAUUAUAUUAAAAUCUGAAAAAUCAAUAGAAUCAAAUGAUAAAAGUAAAGCUCAAACCGAUGUAAAAGUCACGAAUGAAAAUGAUUCACUGGUUGAACUGGAUGCAUCAAGUGAUAAGAAAGACCAACAUCAGAAUGCUGCUGAAAUUCCGUCAACAUAUUCAGCAAAAUCGUCGAGCGAGGCACUUGAUAAAUGCAAAGCUCAAGCUGAAGUGGAUACUAUAAAUGUGGUCGACUCACUGGUUAAAAUGGAUGUAUUAGUUGAAGCUGAAAAUGAGAAAAUAAAUGACGAGCUUGAUGUUCCCCAAACUCUAUUCAAAACAGCUGAAAACGUGUCAGAAAACAAAGCUCAAGUCGAUCUGAAAUCUACGACUACGAAUAAUUCGUUGAUUGUACAAACUGCAUCAGGAGUUGCCGAAGCUAAUAAGAUCCUGGAUGAGUUCGAUAAAAGAGAUUGUGCACCUACAUCUGCCGAUAUAUCGGCAAUUAAUAUUAAGAGCCCUAAAGCUAAUGAUGUUGAACCCGCAGACAAAAAUAGUUCUUUAAUAACUGAUACGAAAGAAAUUCCAAUGGAUGAGAAUGAAGUGAAAAAUGCUGAACAACACAAUGAUUCAAAGGAUGCUUCAGAUGUCAUGGAACCACCAGCUCAAAGUCAAGAGCCUGAAAGCGUCAAGGAGUCUGAUUUAAAUGCUUCAAUAGUCAAUAAUGAAGAUCUUUACGAACAAGACGUGGUUUCAGAACCUUUAAUGACAGAAGUAGUAAAAACAACAUCUGAAAAUGAGACUGUGCUGAAUGAGGAAUCGUCAAGCGAAGUUGUGCAAGAAAAAACAUUACAAAUUGAAGAAGUUGAAGCUACAACAUCAAACAUAGUUGAAUCAGUGAUUGAGCAACAAACUCCAAGUGAAUCUACGACUUUUGAAGAAGUAUUAGUUCGUGCUGAAGGCGAAAUUGGAUCUGAAAGCAAAAAACCCGCUUCCUAUGAAGCUGUUCAAAAAGAUAAAGAGUCUCCCGAAGUGUCAAGGCAAAUUGAAGGUAGUGAAGCAGUAAUUCGACUUCAAUCUGUUGAAGAUAAUAUUAAAGAUGAAAAUUUGGCGUUGAAUACAGAUAGUCAACAGGCAGCGAGCGUAAAUAAACUGGAAACAAGCAAAGAAGCGCAGCAAGUGGAUAGUCACGAUAAAAGUGAUCAGACGGAGGCACCGAGAACACCAGAAGAAAACACUAAAUCGACACAAAUUGUGGAACCGUCAAUACAAAUAAUUGAGAGUGAGGUUGAAGAUGAAAAUCCAGAGAAGAAAAGCCAGGAGGAUGCAGAACAAAACUCGUCAAAGCACGUCGAAAUUCAGAAUGCAACUGAUAAAAAGGAGGUACCGGCAGAAUCCAUAAAAACUGAAGAUAUGGUGGUUGAUCUAAUUACUUCUGAUGAAGAAUCUUCGUCACAUGCGUCCGACAAAGCGUGCUUGGAAAAAAUCGACAAAGUUGAAAGCAGCACUACGAAUAUAACUAAAGAUCAAACAUCAGCUGACAAAAUAGACUCAGAAAGCGAUUCGAAAGCAAUCGUCGAAGAAAAUAAUAUAAAGUCAGAGUGUCCUGAAUCUGAAAAGGAAACUAAAGCUGAACAAUCCUCAGUGAAAUCAAUUGAUGAAUUACCAAAGAAAGGACGUGGUCGCAAGCCAUCCACACUAGAUAACCUUGACACUGAAUUUAGUGAGAUGAAACCAACAAAACGUACUACCAGAAAAGCUAGUGUCGCCCUGGAGGUAAAGGAAACUCAUAUACAAAUUAAAGAAGAAAAGCUUAAUAAUGAGAGAGUGCAAUUGGAAGUUGAAGAAAAACAGAAUUUGGAUAAGCCUAAAGUAAGUAGACGUAAAUCUAUGCACGAAGUUGUUGAAGCUAAAGAGGAGAAAGAAAUUGAAGAGAAAAUAGUGCCAGCUGAAAUAUGCUCUGAAAAACCGAAACGUCGUGGUCGAAAACCUACGGCGGAAGUUGUCGAAAUUGAAGUGCAUGCGGAAGAAAAACUGGAGCUGCCAAUUGACUUGGAUAAGCCAAAACAACAAGCACAAAAACCAAUAGCAGAAGAAGAGAAAAGGGAAGAAACCAUCGAUUUAGAUAAGCCAAAGCGUCGAGUUCGAAAACCUGCGGGAAAAGUUGUUGAAACUGAAGAAAAUGUGGAAAAGACAGUCGAACUGGAGAAACCGAAACGACGCGGACGAAAACCGUCGGCGGAAGUUGUUGAAACUGAAGUGCAUGUGGAUGAGCAUUCCAAACAAAUAGAUGACUCGGAUAAAUCAAAACGACGAGGACGAGGAAAACAUGCGGCAGAAAUCGUAGAAACUGAAGCGCAUGUUAAUGAGACUAAGGAAGAAACAAUUGAAUUGGAUAGGCCAAAGCGACGUGUACAAGGACAUGUCGAAUCUCCAACCCAUGUCGAAGAAGAAAUGGACAAAGCAGUCGACCUGGAGAAACCGAAACGACGCGGACGAAAUCCGUCGGCGGAAGUUGUCGAAACUGAAGAAAAAUUAAGACAAAUAGACGAAUCGGAUAAGCCAAAGCGACGUUUACGAAAACCAUCAGCAGAAGUUGUUGUUGAGGAGAAAAGGGAAGAAACGGUCGAGCCAAAGCGACGUGCAAGAAAGCCAUCCGCUGAUGUUGCCAAAACUGAAGAGCAUGCUGAAAAGAAUAUUGAAGAGACAGCCGACCAAGAUAAGCCUAAGCGACGUGGACAGAAAUCCUCCGCCGAUGUUCCGCUUGCAGAGCCCCAAGAUGACUCUGAGCUCACAACGCACACCACGGAAGUUGUCGAGGAAUUUAAGGAAAAGCCAAAACUUCGUAAUCGAAAAGCAUCAGAGAGCGGACAGACGUCCAAGGAACACUUGGCGGUAAUUGAUGAAGCAGGUGAGCCGGAACAAAAGAAGCCUAGACUGGAAGAAACAGUUAAGUUUGAUGCGGCUCAUAAUGUCAGACGGCGUGGUCGCAAACAGUCUGUAUCUGCGGAGAUUACACAAAAGCAGGAACCGUUGGCAGAGUCCGAGUCUGCGGAGGCCUUACAGAAGGAGGAACUACCACAGGAGGUUGUUGAUGCAUCAGCUUGUGGCGAAAAGGUCUCAACUCGUCGAGGACGCAAGGCAACCAUUGAUGAAGAAGCACCAAUUAUUGUUGAAGCGUCAGCUUCUCGCGAAAAGGUCUCAACUCGUCGAGGACGCAAAGCAACCAUUGAUGAAGAAGCACCAAUUAUUGUUGAAGCGUCGGGCUCUCGCGAAAAGGUCUCAACACGUCGAGGACGCAAGGCAACCGUUGAUGAAGAAGCACCAAUUAUUGUUGAAGCGUCAGCUUCUCGCGAAAAGGUCUCAACUCGUCGAGGACGCAAGGCAACCAUAGAUGAAGAAGCACCAACGGCACAACCUGCUGAAACAGCUGAGCAUAAGCCCAACCAACGCGCACGAAAGGAAUCGGCUGAUGUGGUACAUGCUGAAUCUGAACCACUCGAGGCAACCGACAAAUCAACGCGACGCGCCCGAAAGCCUAGCGCAGAUGUUGCCGCAGAAACGGAGCCGCCAGCCGAGAAGAGGAACACUCGACGUGUUCGUAAGCCAUCGGCAAAUAUAGAAAUAACCGUAGAGGAAGCACCGCAACCUAAGAAGACGACGGCUCGCAGGGGACGUAAAGCAUCUGCGUCAACACCAGCUGAUGAGACGGAGAAGCAAUUUGAUGUACAGACUCUACCUACACAUCCUAUCGAUGCUGCGACUGUUGCCAGCGUUAUGAUUUCGCCGAAGCCUCAGGUACACAGCUCAGAGGAUGAGUUAACGCCGCGACGUCGUGAGGGACGCAAUUUGCCACGCAAGAACUAUGACGAAACAUCAGAUGAAGACAAACUAGGUUCAUCGUCGCGCAAAGCGCGUAAACCCGCUGCCAACAAAGCAGCAGCGACACCAACAGCCAAACCGGCAGAAACCGAAACAUUACCACUACCAAAACCAUCAACUCCGGUGCCAACAAAACAAAAGCCAUCAGUGGAGGUCGCAGUGGAGGCGGUAGUGGAGCCAGUGGUUGCGCCAAGUACUCCUGUUGUUACAAUAGCACUGCCGGAUCCGACGAGCUCACAGAAACGCGAAGGACGCAAUAUGCCUCGCAAAAACUAUAAUGAAACAUCUGAUGAUGAGAAGCCGUCGACAUCGCGUGGACGGCGUGUUCGUCAGCCUACGAUUAAGGCCCUUGAGCUUCUGGUAGACACAGCGGCACGGCCGUUGACGCCCAAACGUCGGGCGGGAAAGGCAAAGGCGGCUGAAAGUACAGACGAUCAUUCCGAAGAGCCACCAGAAAAAAAGAUUACAGUAGAAGAAUCAAUUCCUGUUCCUGCCAAAGCACGUGGAGCCACACGUCGUAAGGCUCAUGAAGUCGAUGACGUCACAGAAGCUGAACCCGCUGCCCCGACGCCCGUUAAACGUGGUGCACGUAGCCGCAAGGAGAGUGCCAACAGUCAAGCCGAUGAGCCCGAUGUAGAAGUGGAGCAGAAGCCGCCAGCAAAGCGCAAUGCCCGUGGUGCCAACACACGUAAAGCCAAAAUAGUAGCAGAUGAAGUGACUGACGAGCAGCCGGCAAGCAAAAAACCGCGAGGCGGAGCACGUGCUAAGACGCCAGUUGUUGUUGAGGUGGAGAAAGUCCAUGAAGACGAGGAGCCAAAGGAGGUGCCGGCCACCAAGCGAGCGACACCAGCACGUGGACGUGCCGCACGCGCAGUUAAGGUCGCUGAUGAAUCGGAGACCGUUCAGGUGACGGCGCCGCCAUCGCGCACCGGACGUGGUCGUAAGGUGCACUUUGAGACGACCGAGGAAGGGGUAACAGCAACAAAGGAAGAUCAACCCGCUGCUGCCGAGGCGCCCAAACGUGCCACACGCUCUCGCCGAAAAUAAGCAUUUUUGAUUACACUUAUUUACUAAUUUUUAUUUGACACUUACAAUUUAUAUUUUAAGCUUAAAUCUUUUUGUUUAU